UUUCUAUGGAUUUUACUCAAAAUCCUAACUCAUGUCGUUCGAUCAGGAAGAGAAAUCGAACCCUAGUUACGGGGGCGACGAGGAGAACUUCAUCGAUUGGCCAUUUCCACAGCAAUCACGUGUCAUCUCCGAUGCUCUUCGACCCGCAAUUUUUUUCUCUCGUUUCUCCAUUGACUCCUAUCGACUCUACCAGUCCAGAUAUGAAACCCCAUUUCCCAUCAGUCUAGCUCAUUAUGCCAGACAGAUUUGCCUCUCCUCCCGAUGGACCGCUACCUCUCGCGAAAGAGACCACGCAGUCAACCAGCGUCCAUCGCAGACGAUGACGAUGGCGAUGACGACACCUCCACCGACAUCAAGCUGGCCCAGCUCGUAUCCCUCUUCGUAGAGAUCCCACAGGAUAUUCUGCUCGAUAUCCUCGUCUCCAGCGGUGGUUCCGUACAAGCGGCCAUCUCCACACUCACCACGCAACAGCACGAUGGGAUAACCCGCACGGGAAAACGCAGCGCAUCCACAAUCCAAACCUCACUCUCUGCACACAUCCUCCGCUCUCCAAAAGACCCUGAGAGCAGCACACCCAAGAAGAAGGAGAAGGAGAAAACCACUCGACCACCGCCCCCGCUCAUCCAAAAGGGCAAAACCCUCCACCUGUUCGCUCCCGAAGACAUCGCAUCCCACACCCCCUGCACCAUCAUCCACAACUUCCUCCCCGCACACGAAGCCAACGCCCUCCUCCUCGAACUGCUCGACGAAUCCCCGCAUUUCUCCCGCUACCGGUUCCAGCUCUUCGACCGCACCGUGCAAUCCCCGCACUCGACCUCCGUUUACGUUUCCACUCCGCACGACUACAAUUCCCAUGCCCAGGAUUACACCUACGGCGGCACCUACCGGUCCAAUGUCCGCGAGGCCACCCCACACCUACGCGCUGUCUCCGCGCGCGUCCAGCAGGCUGUGAACGAGCACAUCCAAGCCCGGAUCCGGGAUGUCUACCCGGACGGCAAGAAACUCAAGUACCAGUCUCCGCGCGCGUGGGUGCCCAACGCGGCCUUUGUGAAUUGCUACGAUGGCCCCGCGGAAAGUGUCGGGUAUCAUUCGGACGAGCUGACUUAUCUGGGGCCCAGACCGGUGAUUGGGAGUUUGAGUUUAGGCGUGCAGCGGGAGUUCCGUGUUAGGAGGAUUGUGCCAAGGGAGGAGGAUCCGGGAGUAGAAGGUGGGGAUGCGGGUGCGGGUGCGGGUGACGAUGACGAUGACGAUGACCGCGAGGAAGCAACAGCAGGGGGUGGCUCCGCUGCCGAGAUGCGUGGUCAUUCUCAGGGCCAGAUCUCGAUUGCUCUCCCGCACAACUCACUUCUCAUCAUGCAUGCUGACAUGCAGGAGGAGUGGAAGCAUGCGAUUGUUCCCGCGCAGACUAUCACCCCGCAUUCCUUGGCUGGGAACCGAAGGAUUAAUGUCACCUAUCGCUGGUAUCGCGACUCGCUGCAUCCCAGGAAUAUCCCGCGGUGUCGCUGUGGUGCGCAUGCUAUCCUGAAGUGUCCUCAGCGGAAGCGAGACACGAGAGGUCGCUACAUGUGGACGUGUUUUAUGGGGCAUGUGCCUGGGAAGAAGGGAUGUGGCUUCUUCCAGUGGGCCGAGUUUGAUGAUGACGGCGAGCCGCUGUGGAAACAUCCCCAAGCCAAGAAUGAGCAAGAUGAGAAUGCUCCAAAAUUGACCAGUUUUGCGGGCUAACCAAUGAUCUUAUGUCCAAGUAAAUGUUCUCGCGAAUAGACUGGGAUUGCACAUGUAAAGCUAACCUACAUACACAAGCGUUUGUUUAAACCAGCCUCCACCCGGCCUAUAAGAGCUACAUGAUUCCCAUAAAGACAAGACUGCCGAGAAAACCAGGAAUCCUACAGUCUUUGCUGCAUAUCGUGGUCAACACAAAUCAUUUGACAUCUGAUACUAGAGGACUGCAAGGUAUGAAUGGAUCUCGUGUAUGAUGCGGGUUGUAAUCCAUAAUAAAGGCGGUUGCC